GUUCUUCCGGUCUCGGAAAGCCCAAAGCAGCCAGAAAAACUCAUUUCAGUUCCAUAGAGUUGUGUACACGUAGGAGAUAAGAGGGGAUAUUUAUUGAUAAGUUACAGCGUUUAAUUAAAUAUAACUUAUUUCAAAUAUCUUGAUUGCCACCUGCUGAACAGUGUCGACUAUAAAAAGCUUAGCACACAGCUCCACAUCCAUACUGAUCGACAAUGGGGCCCUCCUUGCGCUUUGACUUUGGCCUGAUCGUUUGUGGCGCCAUUAUCGUGGCCUGUGGCAUCCAUGGCCUCAACAUUACAGAAUGCAAUAAUCAAUUCGGAUUCAUAAACAACACGCGGCCCAACUGCACCUAUUCCUACAUCAACUGCUCUGGCCAGGACUCGACGUUCUGUGUGGACAACAUCACUUGCAGUGUCGCCUUCUAUUGCAACGAGCCAAUCAUUUCGGGCAAUUCCACUGUUGCGCCGCUUAAUUCAACGUCGACGUCGACGUCGACGUCAACGUCAACGUCAACGUCAACUUCAACGUCACGAUCGCCGAUCCUCUCCACAGCCUCGCCGCUGGAUGUGCGAGAGCAGUGUCAUCAGGGGGUAACCAAAAGGUUCAGCUAUCCCCAGAAUUGUAACUACUUUUACUACUGCGUGGACGGCUUUCUGCUUGUCGAGCAGUGUCCCAUUGGAUAUGCAUUCAAUGCUACGACUGGAGCUUGUGGCGGACGUACACGGAGCUCCAUGGACUGUACUGUACGCUGAAGUAGUGAGAGCUAAAGUAGAGAAAACAUUUUUAAUUAGCCCCGUGUCUUGUCAAAUAAAAUCAAUUUAGCUAGCAAAUAAAUUGAGCUUAUAGCCAGAGCCUUAU